CUUGUAUCUAAUCCUUGUAGAUAUCUCAUAAAAACAACAACAAACAUCACUAAAACAAACAGCUUUCCUUCUUGCCGGAGCGCCACACAGAGCUCUGCUGGCUUCUCCCUCCAGCAACGCGUGGGGCUCAGCAGCAGCAGCUGCGUGUGCAAGAGGCGUGCACCGAGAGCCGGCUAUAAACCGCCCGGCAGAGCUCUCCCCAAACCUCAGCACGUUCCCGAGGGGGGACGAGUUAAGAUGCAGGUUCUGCGUCACGCUGCCUCGGGCUGCCCGCCUGGCCGGGGUUAAAUCUCUGGCACUCGUGUCCAGCGCAGGUUGUUUGCAAAGGCUGGCCCCGCGCGGUGCCGGGCUCGGCUGCGCUCUGCUCGGUGCUUUCAGCAGCACAGUCCAGGAGCAGGGACGGGAGAUCCACGCUGCAAUGCCGCUGCUGCACUUGCACCUCUGCUUCACCAGCAUGCUCUGCUGGCUGGCCCACGAGUCCAGCUCCUUGGUGCUGCCCAAUGCCACCGAGCUCCUGUCCCCUCCGAGCAGCACAAGGACGGGUUCAGCUCCAGGUGCAGGGUUGCCCCGGAGCCGCCGCCGCCGGUACCUGUCCCCCCGUGACAUGAAUGCCAUCCUGGACUAUCACAACCAGGUGCGGGCACAGGUGUCCCCCCCCGCUGCCAACAUGGAGUACAUGGUAUGGGAUGACCGGCUGGCCAGGGCAGCAGAGGCGUGGGCUGCACGGUGCGUGUGGGAGCACGGCCCCCCCCAGCUGAUGAAGUAUGUGGGGCAGAACCUCUCCAUCCACUCGGGCAGGUACCGCUCUGUGGUGGACAUGGUGAGGUCGUGGCACCAUGAGCAGCAGCAUUACUCCUUCCCGCAUCCCCGCGAGUGCAACCCUCGCUGUCCCUCCAAGUGCAGCGGCUCUGUCUGCAGCCACUACACUCAGAUGGUGUGGGCAUCCUCCAACAGGCUGGGCUGUGCCCUGCAGGCCUGCAGCAAUGUGCAUGUUUGGGGCAGCACGUGGCGCCGCGCCGUCCUGCUCGUCUGCAACUACGCCAUCAAGGGCAACUGGAUUGGGGAAGCACCGUACAAGAUAGGGAGGCCAUGCUCAGCCUGCCCGCCAGCCUAUGGAGGGGUCUGCUCCAACAACAUGUGCUUCACAGGACUCAAAUCCAACCAAGUGAGCUGGUUUUAGGAUGGCGGCAGCGCUCCACGUCCCCCCGCUGCACACCAUGGGGACAGGGACAGUAGGAUUAUUUAUGGCACCACAAUGCUUCUGUCCCCCCCAGCCCAGCCCUCCCUGUGCUGCUUUAGGCUUUAGGCAGGACACAAAGCCUGCUUUGGCCCCAGUUCUGCCACUCUGGGGGCUCUUUUUGGACACCCCUUGGGACCGCUGCCAUCUCCAGCUGCUUCACAUCUGGGGGGCACUGGGGGUGCUGGGGGUACAUGGGGCUGGCAGGGCCCUGCUGCGCAGGGCUGGGUUGGGAGCCAUGCAGUGACCAAACUGUCCCUUAGGGACAAGCAACUGGAACCCAGCAUGACACCUCUGCACAUGCUCCCCCAGAUGUGCCCCCUCCCACCCAAUAAACAGUCUGGAGAUCCAAGUGCUCAUGUCUGUCCUUUCUUGCCAAGCCCUUGUGACUUGGAGC